AUGGUAAAUUACGAAGUCACUGUACACACCGGCAAAAUAUUCCACGCCAACACUUUCAACAAUGUCUUCAUUAAGUUGGUGGGAACAGCUGGAAACAGUCAGCGUACUCAGCUCACAGAUAUCAGAGGGCCUUUAACCUUCGCCCCUGGAGCAGUAAGUCUGAAAUACCCUUUUCCAUCUUCACAUGUAUUAUGUUCAUCUAAAAGCAACUUUACCUGAGAUAAAAGGUACACUUGAGAAGUUUGUGUAACCAAUAUAUGUGCUCUGCAACUCUUGAGGCUCUGCUCACUAAUGUGACAAAUACAACAAAUUGGUAACACUCUGAUGUUUCGUGUAGAUGUUUGUGUCACACAAUCUUUUUUGAAUGUAUUUGUAUGUUUAUUACUAGGAUCUUAUAGAUCUUUUUUUCUUUCUGUUUACAAAUGAUUUGUCUCUGACCUUAUCAAUCGAUCUGGUCUAAUAUAUUUAUAAUUACUUAAGGUGUCGAGUUUUAUGGUGUCCUGCUUUGAGUCCAUUGGAGAAGUGACCAUGAUCGAGCUGGAUAAACAGGCUUCCCCUACUGUGCCUCAGAAUAACUGGUUUCCUUCCAAAGUGGAGGUGAAAUCUCCUGAGGGAAACACCUACAAUUUUCCCAUUUACAACUGGAUCAAUGACAGCGAGGUGCACGUAUUCAGAGAGGGAAAAGGUUUGAACUAUUCACAGAAAAUAAAGACAAGUACUGAAAAAUUGAUUUAUGAAAAAAUAUAUAUUAUUCAUGUUGAGGAAUUUAACACCUUAUUUUGGUUCUUUCAUUAAGCUCUUCUGGUCUAUGAAGACACACAACUUGGCAAGACGAGUCGUCAACAGGAGCUGGACCAAAGAAAAGAGGACUACCAGUAAGAGCUGAGAACUUAUCCCUUUUUCAUUUUUAUGAAAUCAUAGUACUAUCCAAAGCUGUUUAUCUUACAAAUAAUGAUAUUAACUUGGACGACUGUAAUUUAAAAAAAAAAAAAAAAACUAUGGAAUGAUUAAACCUAUCAGGGUUCAUCUGAAUCGACUGUAAUUCAAUUUAUAAAUUUUAUGUGUCAGGUAUAAAAUCCAGUCAAACUCCAUAUCAAAACCUGAAAUAUUAUGUUCAUGAUAACAAGACUUUAAAGUGUUUUUAACUCUGAUGUAUCCUGUUUAUCCAAGAUGGAAGGUGUAUGCUCCGGGAAUCCCUCACUGCAUAAAAAAUGAGGAGCCGAGCUCACUGCCCGAUGAGGUCCGGUUCUCUUUCACCAAGUCUGCAGAGUUUAAAUUCACUGCAAAAAAAGGGUAAGGUCCUCAAUUUCUGUUAGAUGUCUAUCAGUACUCCAGUAUAACUGCAUAUCCACCUCUUUAUCAAAACUUUUAAUGGUAUAACAUCAACUUUAUGACUAAAUAUUCUAGAAAGUUGGAUCUGAAGCUGGACGGAUAUGACAGUUGCAAGAUGCAGUGGACUGACACGGAGAGUAUCUACAGCUUGUUCUGCUGCAAACAGACGGACGCAGCAGGUAUUACCCUGUCAUCAGGCUUUGACAGACAAUUUGGCAAUUCAUGCAAGUCCUGGAUGGACCGUAUAACCAUUAAUGUAAAAUAAAAUAAAAUCUGACUUACUAGCAGAGACCAGUGUUGGAACAGCACAUUUGAUUAGGAUUUUUACUGUCCAAAACUGAAUAAAUGACACUGUGAAUCAGGUGCCAUGUUACCAACAAUCUGCACCUCCACCCACUCUUUCGAAAUGAAAAUGACCAUCAUCUGUAAUAUUCAUGAUUGAGACUCUAAAGACAAUUAUAAAAAGAAGCACUUUAGUGUGUGCAGAUAGCUGAGCAGGUUAGCGUGCCACAUGUAUGGAGACCAUGGUCACUGCAGUGAUUGCGUGCUGCAUGCCACCCCCCCCAAACUCUCUACAUCUCCCACAUUUCACUACUGUCCUGUCAAUUAAAGGUGACAGUGCCCCCCCAAAAAACACUGCGAUCUAUUUUUUUUGUGUAACUGCAUGCCCACAAUACUUAAAAAGACUUUUAUUACCCAUUUUUCCAAGCCUAUGUCCAGCAACACUGGAAGGAGGAUGAGUUUUUCGGCUACCAGUUUCUAAAUGGUGUCAACCCUAUGAUGAUCCAACGUUGUUCAGUCCUUCCCGAGAACUUUCCUGUCACUGACAGCAUGGUUUCCAUCCAUGGUGAUCACACCCUGGAAGAGGAAUUGAAGGUGAUUUCCUCACUUUGAAUUGUCUCGAAAACAAAUAAAUUAAUUUUCUCAAAUGUACACUCCUUGUGUUAACAUUUCAAACUGAUUUUUGUUGCACUUGUAUUGUAUGUAAAUCAAUUCUAAUUCGCACUCAAACUUCAAACAGAAUGGCAACAUAUACCUGUGUGACUACAAGCUCUUGGAUGGAGUCAAAGCAAACACUGUCAAUGAGAAGCAGCAGUACCUGAUGGCUCCCCUUGUCCUGCUCCAGAAAACACCUGAUGACAAGUUGAUGCCGAUUGCAAUCCAGGUGAUAGAAACUGAGAUUUAACUAAUAAUAAAAUGUAGGGCUUGAUUUUGGUCGUAAUCAUUUUGGGUGUUAGAUGUUUAUUCAGAAGAUAGCAGCUAUUGUCUGUCUGAGGCAGUUAACUUUUUAUUUCUGUCAAAGCUGAAACUUCCAGGGGUGGGUAUCUUAAGUUUAUCUGCAGCAAUGGUUUGUGAGCCAAGAGUAAGACUAUGAAUAACCAACGGCCAAACUAGUCAGGUUUGUCCACCCACAGACUCUUAUUCUAGCAUGCUGUAUUUUUUUUUUCCAAGUAAAUGUUUUCAACAGUAUCCCACAAGGCUUCAACAGGCAGGUGAACAGCUGACAUGAUGCUGGCUACAAUCAAAAUUUAAACAUUCAUAAUCAUCUGCUUAUGCACCAUUUUUGGGUACACUGAAAACAAAUGUGAAGUCAAGUUAUUGCAUGUCCCACAAGAACAAACCACAUUUCCCUUUCUUUCUCCUGCAGCUGAAGCAGACUCCAGGAGAAGACAACCCCAUCUUUUUUCCUACUGAUUCGGAGUACGACUGGUUGUUGGCCAAGAUUUUUGUGAGAAGCGCAGAUUUCAACUACCAUGAACUUUCAACCCACCUGCUGCGCACUCAUCUGCUGGCUGAAGUUUUUGCUGUGUCUCUGCUGCGCAACAUGCCCAUGGUGCAUCCCCUGUACAAGGUAACUGCAUUGCUAAGUUUUUUACUCUGCCGUAAGAAACCUUGUAGAUUUUUAAGAUUUAUUAUCAGGCUUUUUGGCUUUUUGGAAGAGGACAGUGGAGAAACCGAGAAAGGAGAGCAGGGGGUGACAUGCAGGAAAGGCUUUAGAAGCAAACUCAUGGUUGGCCACUCGAGGCAUAACCUUUUGGCCAGCAGCACCCCAACUGGUCUGUCAUCUAGUCUGACAUCUACCCCCUCACAGCAGUUCCAGGCAUAAAAAGGGAUAUUCCAGCGUAAAAUUAAUUUAGGUUCAAACAAACUGUAACACCAAGUAAGACACCCCGUUGAGAGAUGAAUGUUGCCGACCGCUUGCUUCUCUAGUUAUACCAACUUUAGUAACGACCACACAAUAGCAAUACAGAGAGCCACGCACUCAACCUAAACUCCACUCUAUAGCCACAAAUAAUGCUCAGUGUCCUAGCCACAUCACUAGCCAUCAAACAUCUUUUUAGCUUUGCCUAAUUUCUUUAGCAAAGAGACUAAACACAACUCGCUCACUCUCUUCCAGCAGCCGCUUGUUUGUAGCGAGACCUCAGGCGAGUCGAUCGACUGCAGCGGGGGGACGCAGCUCAAGGAAGAACAUUUAUUAAUCAUUUUGCACUGCAGACGCGGUAGUUCUUUUUCCUUAGCGUCUCGAUCUGAUUGCAUUUCCAUGAAGAAAUGAUCAUAAAUGUUCUUCCUUGAGCUGCGUCCCCCCGCUGCAGUCGAUGGACUAGCCCAGAGGUCUCACUACAAACAAGCGGUUACUGGAAGAGAGUGGGUGAGUUGUGUUUAGUCUCUUUGCCAAAGAAAUUAGGCAAAGGCUAAAAGAUGUUUGGUGGCUAGUGCUAUGGCUAGGACCCUAUAUGUACUGUUGAUAAAGUUAGGUGCUGUUCUGAGCAUUAUUUAUGGCUAUAGAGUGGCGUUUUGGUUGAGUGCGUGGCUCUCUGUAUGGCUAUUUGUUCUUGUUACUUAAGUUGGUAUAACUACAGAAGCAAGCAGUCGCCAACAUUCAUCUCUCGACAGGGUAUCUAACUCGGUGUGUUACGGUGUGUUUGACCAUCACUUAAUCUUACGCUGGAAUAUCCCUUUAAGAAUUUAGAUAUAGAAAUUGUCUGCACUGUUACGAUGAAUUUUUCAUGUCUAGUUUAGCAUACUUUAAUUUUUUUCACAACCAGCAAGAAAACCUUCAGGGGAACUCUGGUUUGCAGAAAACCAAUAUGUCAGUAUGUAUAUAGAUAAGAAUUUCACAUUGCUGAAUAGUAUAUGUGCAUCAAAUUUUAAACUUUAUUUAAGAAUUGUUAAUAUUACCAUAACAGAGUUCAUUUUUUCCCUCAGCUCCUCAGCCCUCACAUUCGCUACACUCUGCAGAUCAACGUCAUGGCUCGACUUCUGCUGAUUUCCAAGACAGGAGUUUUCACAAACGUAAGAAAACAAGCAAGCUCUGUGGUGUACCCUUCAAACACAGUAUUUUUUUCUUGAAGUGUCUCCAGCAAUUCCUCAUAUUGAUUAUUUUCUAGUUUAUUUCAUCUGGUGGAAACGGUUUGGACACAAUCCUGCAGAGGGCAACGUCCUCAAUAACAUACAGCUCCAUCUGCAUACCAGACGACAUUGCUGAGCGUGGGCUGGAGGCAAUACCCAACUACUACUACAGAGAUGAUGGAAUCGAGCUUUGGAAUAUCAUCCACAAGUACUCAUGAGUUCCUAUUCUGCAAUUUGUUGAUCAUCUGUAUAGUUAUCAAGGAAAACUUCUAUAAAAGUAAUAUAGAUGGUAUCAACUCAUCUUUAGGAUAGGUGAGAAGAUUUCUGUCCACGGUGCAAAAGGGUACUGUCCAUGAUCAAUCAUUUCUCUGGGUCAGUUUUUUUUCAGUGACCUAAAUCUCAUCCCUACAGUUUGGCUUAAAACACGAGCAAGCAUCCUGUGAAAAUCCUGGACCUGCAGGAAAUUCUGCUACUCCUAAUGACACCGAAAACUUUGCUGAGACACUCAGCCAUUGGUUUAAUGAGUUGCCAUGAUUAAAACAUUGUAUAUAUGCUAAUACAACAAUUUAAAGAGGUGUUUCUUGACUUGAUAUUAGUCUAAUCACUGUACUUAAACUCAUGCAGAGGACCUGCAGAUGCAAGCUUUAAGCUUCUUUAUAUCUUCUUUCAACCAAAUAAUCUAAAGGCAGAUUAUUAGAGGCAGAUCACGAAUGGGGUGUCAUCUCAGCUCUAACUUUCCCCCAGAGCUGAGCUUCAGAAACUUUCAGGAAACAUGCAAGCUAGUUCGAGCUGCUCUGAUUUCAUACUUGACAUGAAUCAUUCAAUAACCUAACUCAAACAUUCUUUCAAUCUGGGGCUCUAGCUGAGAUCUACACUCUCUGCCUCUACUUUGCUAUUGCCACCAUAGCCACGCAAGAGUGCUGUAUUCUAAUUUUCAGCCCUACAACCUCCCCAGCAUUCAUCUGCAGGCUCUAAAUGGGGAAUUAAGAUAAUCACUCCUGGAUAUCUACAAGUAAAAUUAAAAGUAAAAUGGUUUCUGUUGCUGCUCAUACUAUAAACAGUUAAAGGGACACUUGAUGUGAGCUGUGUGAGCUUGAAAUGUCAAACUUCCUGUUUGUUAUAUUAAAUAUGGAUGGCUUUACAAAAAAUGGGCUAUUCAAGCCUCAGCUACUAAAUCUUGAUUGGCUUGACAGGCAGUUGAUCCUAAAUUGUUGUCAAUACUCAUGUUUUAUCGACAAAAACAAAGAUGAGAUGAAAGAGCGCAAGUAUUCAGCAGGAAGCAAUAUGUCAUUGUCCUUUUGAAGAUGCAGAAGCAGACUAUCACAGAGUGCACAUAUGUCCAUAAGAAAUAAAUAAAUAGAUCUGAUUGUUCAAAGAGAUGGUCUUUCAAUAAACCCAGAUAAAACACUCAUGCGCCAUACAGGGUAUGUAUUUCAUAGAUCUUGUCCACUUCUCUUCAAGGUUUGUGAAAGGAAUCCUCAGCUUCUACUACAAGACUGAUGUAGAUGUCGAGAGAGACUCUGAACUGCAGAAGUGGAUUUCAGACAUUUUUGUGGAGGGAUUCCUCUCCAAUGCCGACAGUGGUGGGUUUGAAAGAAAAACUCUCUUCAUCUUUACAAAUAUGAGCAUCACUUAAACAAAGUGAUGCAAUUUAUUCUCUGCAACUCUCAGGAAUUCCAGAGAGAUUUACCACAGUGGCCCAGCUGGUCAGGUUUGUCACCAUGGUGAUCUUCACUUGCUCAGCACAGCAUGCAGCUGUAAACUCUGGACAGGUGAGGUAUCUUAAUUUAGGUUUUCAUUGCAUUUUUGGCUUUAAAUCCUUUAAGUAGAUGGAUAGGAUUGGGAAUAACAGUUAGGUAGAUCGGCCCGUAUUUAGGUAUCAAGACUUGGCCAUCUGUUUUGAGGACUACAACCUCUGUUACUGGAAUGCAGACAAUAAAGAGAUGAAAUUGAACCUUUUCUUUUGACAUUUAGAAAUAUUUCAGUGGACAAAGUAAUGAAAAGACUGUAUAAGCCUGACAUGGGGUUACUAAUGUGACUAUAACAUCCCAAAUAUCUGUUGCGGUGUAUAAUGCAGUGCCUUAUUCCUUCAUCACAGUUUGAUUUUGGUGCCUGGAUGCCCAACUCUCCCAUGUCUCUACAACUUCCUCCACCAACCGUUAAGGGAAAAGCAACUGAGGCCACCAUGCUGGAAACGCUCCCUGACGUCAAUGGGACAGCUAAUGGAAUAAGUGUCCUGUAUCUUCUUAGCAAGCAGUCCACUGACUUUGUAAGAUCCACAAAUACUUCAUUUGAGAUCAAACAAAUCAAAUGUAUGCAUAAGAUGUGUUAAGUUAGACAACAUGAAGGUAAAAUUAUAUUAUACGGUCCUGAAAGCUUUACACUCUGCUUAUGGUAAUGGAAUCAAAAACUAACCUUUAAAUGUUUCAUUGGUGUCACCAGGUCCCUCUUGGCCAGUAUCCAGACCAGCUGUUCUUUGAGGAGAUUCCCUGCAAGCUGAUCAGGACUUUUCAAGGAGAGCUUGAAGUCCUGAGUGUACGCAUCAAAGUCAGAAACAGGGAACUGGAGCUCCCAUACAACGUAAUGAACCCAACUAUGGUGGAGAACAGUGUGGCUGUUUAAAUACAUGUGUGACCUGCUCAGCUCAUGGCCAAAACCCAACUUCAGCUUUAUCUAAAUUUUGAGGGAAAACUGCGAUGAUAUGAAACUUUUCAGCAGGAAUAUUUUUGUUGCUUCUUCUCAAUUAUAUCCAGCUUUAAUCAUUCGGGUUUAUCAGAUGAGUACUGCAGCCAGGUUAAGUUUUCUGUACGCGACAGGAAAGAAAUCAUUAGACAGGCAUCAUGUAGUGUAUCUCCUUCUUUAGCUUCUGUGUCUUUAUUUUCUUUUACAAAUAGAUGUAUUCAGUUGCACUUCAGUUGGUUUUCAAGUUGUAUACCUUUUUUUGACAGAGUAAGACCGCUCAGGGUUCCAAGGGCUACUUCCAUUUUGCUUAUUUUCCCAUAUUCAAAAGUAUGAAUUUUUGCAGUCUAAGACAAUACUGCACUUUUGAUUCUUUAGUGUUUCUUCCAAUCCAGCUCCAAAUAAAAUACCUAUCAUUUAAUCUUCUGUGGUUCUGUGGGUGGUUUUUUUUUUCUUUUAAAAUUCAUUUCCUCAUAUUCCAAUUUAUUUUUAAGGGACAGCAAUGACACUUUGCGCUUUCUGCAUGAGGUCAUGCACCAAAGAAAAAAGAAAGGACAAAGAAACUCAGUAUAACACUCUGCAGCAUUUAGCAAGUUACAGUGGAGAGGAAAAAUUGUCUUUGAAUGGGCAGAAACCUUGAGCAGAACCAGAUGCAUGUAAGACUGUCAUCUGCCACCACUGCAUUGGGUUUGAAAAGGAGAUAGAGAGAGAUGCAGAAAGAGAGCGAUGGACCCUCUCACUACCUCUCAAAGUGAGAAGAGUGUGCUACCGAACUUCAGCCGGCAGACCCUCGAACUCUAGUAGGUGGACCGCCCUUGGACAUUUCUGUGUUUAGCUCAUUGAGGAAACAUAAAAAUGAUCAGGACACAGCGCUGAACUUGGCAAUACAUUCCCCUAUGGGAAAUUUGAGAAAUUUCACGGGAAAUCAUAUCUGACCUCUAGGGGGCAGUCCAAAGUUGGCAACUUUGACAGAAAUGAGAGGUGAACUCUACUACUGCCAGGAGCUCACGUCUGGUUGUGCAGUAGUUUUGUUCUGUGGACAACACCCUUCUGCUGCCACACGCUAGAACUUUCUCCUCUCCCCCUUGCAGCUGGGAAAGAACAGCCCCUUUUCCCCAGUCGCUGGCAUCAGUAUCCAGGAAGAAUUCGCCGCUGUCAAGGGGGUAACCAAGAAAGGCACCAAUGUAUGUCUUUUUUUUUAUUUCCUCAAAAUGCCCUGACUCUCUGCAGUCCAGUGAAAGCGUGCAUACUUCUUUUUAAGUUCAUGCAGUGGCUUGGCUAAGGUGGCGAAAUUUUCCAUGAAAUGCCAGUAGUAAGAUGCCAAACCGAUGAACUGGCGCACCUCUGUCAUGUUUUGGGGUAUGGGCCACUUUGCCACUUUCCUCAAUUUCUCUGGGUUGGCGGCGAUGUCCCUGGCGGAGACAAUGUGUCCAAGGAAGGCAACCUGUUCUCGAAACAACCAGCACUUUGAUGGUUUCAGUUUUAAGUUGGCCUCACAGAGCCUGCUGAACACCUGGUGGAGCAGCUCUAUCAUCUGAGUGAUGUCCUUCCCCAAGACGAUGAUGUUGUCCAGGUAGACAAAACAUGUUGCCUAUUGUAGACCCACCAGGACUCUGUCCAUGAGCCACUGGAAUGUGGCCAGCACCUAAGAGAGUCCAAACAUCAUCACAUUCCACUGAAAAAGCCCCUUGCGGUGCAGAAGGCAGCGGCUUUGCAGGCUCUGGGUGUCAUCUCCACCUAUCAGUACCCUGAUGUUAAGUCCAGCAUGGUAAAAUACUUGGCAGUGGAUAACGUGUCCUGUAUGCAUUGCAGGGGGUUGGCAUCUUUGAUGGUGUGCCCAUUUAAGGAUCUUUAAUCUACACACAGGCGUGGGUUCUGGUCCUUUUUGCGCACCAUGACAAUCAGUGCUGCCCAGCUGCUGUUGCUGGACUGUGCGAUACCCGCCUCUAGGCUCUGUUGCAACUGCUGGUCUGCUGCAACUUGCUAAUCUCAGGCCAUUCUGCGGGGCUGCUGUUUGAUUGGAGGCCCUGGUGUAGUCAGGAUGUCAUGCUUGACGGGGCUGGUGUGGCCUAGGUCAGUGGGCCCAGUGGAGAAAACAUUGCUGUAAGAUGUUAGCAGUUCAGCCAUCCUCCAGUGGUCCUCCUCCAGCAGAUUCACACUGCUCUUAGCAUACAGUGUCUGCAGGUGGCUGGGGACAUGAUCAGGGGCUGCUGUGACUUUGGAGGGGCAGGGUUCUGCCUCCUCUAGCAUGUCGGUGGGCUGGAGGACACUGGCAACAGUCCCUCUUUUAAGUGUGACGGGCGUUGCGCUGGGGUUUAAAACACUGACGGGAAUACCAGCUGCCUGCCGUGCCUGCACAACAGCACGGGCUACAAGCACAAAGUUUCUUUUGACAAUUGCUCUUUUGCAGUCCACUCAUUUUACCAACGAUCAGAAAAGCUUCUGAACACAGACAUUAUUUUCUUGCUCUGAACUCUUUGUUAUAACAGUAGUGGAACCAGAUAGGACAUAUUUUUGUCCAAGGCAUUCAGCUUUGGCUCCAGAUCAGAUUGAAGUUUUAUCUAUUGCCCUGACUUGAAGUUGUUGGGACCUGAGUGUACUAACUCUAAAACUUCUGGUUGAUCAGUAUAAUGGCUGCCUUGGAAGGUAGAAGGGUUUGAGCUAGGUGUAGGCCUGUCACCAUAACAAAUUUUGCUGGACGAUAAUUGUGCUACAAAUUAUCGCCGAUAAACGAUAUUAUUGACACCAUUUUUUAAAUUAUAGAUAAUGAUAUUAUAUGGCAUAAUAAUGCGAGUACACCAUGUCAAAAGUGAUAAACUUUAAUUUCCACACGAGAACAACACUGGUUGUUUUCGCUGACUAAAAUAUUUCCCUUUUCUCCCACGACGCAGACGUAACGUUGACGAGCUAAACAUAAGUCGGAGAUGACUAAAAUGUGACGAGACGAAAGUGCGUUUACGUUGAUGGGACGAGACGAAAAUGACGAACAGAGUUGCAAAACUCAGUCAGUUAAACGCUAAACAUAUAGGAGCAGCUUCAGUCCGCUCUGACAACUCUCAUCAUCCUGCUGUGCUCCUCCAACACACAGACACACACGCACGCGCGCGCGCGCACACACACACAUGGAGUUUUGUGGUUGACGAAAACAAAACUGGUUUAAAGCCGAAAUAUUCCCACACUUGGGCUGUUGCGUUCGGUUUAGACACCAAAGCUGUCGUGUUCAUUCUGUUAGCUUGCUUUUCACUCACGACGCUCACUUGCAGCACUGUAUCCAAAAAGUCUGUGUCUGUGUGCCUGUGCGCGCCAGCCCCAUCGUGACAAAGACACUGAAUGACUGACAGGAGGGUUCACUAACUCCGUUCAUUCCGCUAUAGAGCAAAUGCCCCCAGGUGCCGAGAACAAUGCGCAGAGUGAGACCUCUUCUCUCAUCCAGCGUGUUUGGUAGCGAGAGAGGAGGAAAACAAACGCACGUCAAUUAUCGAGGCUGGCAAAGUUAUCGACCUCGUUUUUAUUUAUCGAGCGAUAAGGCGAUUUAUUGAUUAUCGCGACAGGCCUAGCUAGGUGUAAGAGCAAUGACUGAAUUCACCUGGUUCGACAAGCACACGCGGGAAGGCACUGAAGCAGCUAAUAGCAACAAGAGAGACAAAGGGGGUCUUGUGCACAUUGAAGGAGCUGAUGAAGGUAGCAUGCCUGAGGUUGAUGUGACUCUGGUACUUGUGCACACAGAAGGCAGCAGGACAGAAAAACAGUUAACUAGAAAAAAAGUUCUUUACAAGCCAGCCGAAGAAAUGCAGCUCUCUUUUUAGCCCAGAAAACCCUUCUGGUCUCUGCUUCACGGGGGGCUACCACCUGAAUGGCCAGUACAAAUGACAGCCUUUUUUUAAGCUUGUACACCGUGAUUUAUUUAGCUUGUGACACAAAAUUAAAGCCUAGACGAUGACACAUACAAAAAUAUUUCCUGUCAUCUAAGACAAUGUGUUUGCUAAACAUCAACCUCACUUCAGGUAAUUUUACCAGUGAUUUUUACAAGACAGCUUUAUUGCAAAACUCCUUAUGUACCAAACAUUAUGCAAAGUAUGUAAAAAAAAAAAAAAGGGGUGGGGUGGGGGGGUAGAGCUAUUCCUGUAUGGUACCUCUUGCAAUCUGUGAAAAGGUUAGGAUAGUGAGUUAAGUUAGCCUGGCUGAUCUUACAUGGUGUUGUUGUUUUUUUGGUUUUUUUAGUAACACCGCAGGUUACUCUAGAGUUGACCCUCCAAGCCUCCCACACUUCUCUGGUAUUUCUACUGAAGCUUGAUAAACGGCUCCACAAAACUUUUCCUUUGACAUGUUUCCUUUUACAUAAAGUUUACCAUUGCCAAAGUUUUCACCAUCCCAGAGUACUCUUUAACAAUCACAUUUUCUUGUUGGCACCACAGUCAUUGCACUAGUGGAACAGCAAGUUGUAGAUUGUUGAUUAUGGUUGUUGAAUUGCUUUUCCUGUGAAAAUCAAUCAUUAGUUUGUCUAUUAAUCCAUAUACGAUAACCUGCUCCAACUUGAAGACACAAAUCCUUUUCCACUGAAAGAAACAUUAAGACAUGUCAAAAGUCAAAAUGCUUUGAAGUUGUUUUAAAGGUUAAAUUUAAUCCCCUAUUUAAUUACGCUUGAAGAAAUUUCUCAUGGGAGUGUCACUUGGCCCAGUGGUUUGGGCCCUUUGCUGCAUGUCCUCCCAUUCUCUGCAUGCUCCCUUACUCCCCUUAGCUGUCAAGUCUAACAAAGGCAAUGAAACGCCCCAUCAUAUCAAAAAAAAAAAAAAAAAGAAAAAAAAAAAGUGAGCGCUUGUGUGCCAGAAUUUUAUGUAAGUGUGGUAAAGCCAUGUGAAGCUGAAUUUAUACACGUUCUGUUAAAAAAUGCUCUUACCUGGUACCAUUUACUACAAGCUUAGAGGGGGAAAUCAUUAGUUGGAGUGCAAUGCAAAGUGUGGGAACUAAUAAGGGGCACACUCUUUCCACACUGCCGACAUGUUACUUUGAGUUUAUAGCUCUCUCUUUUUGUUCUAUGCACAUGGUAUGAGACUUAAGGCUCCAGUCUAAAUUGUUGGCACAGAUUUUGAGCUGUAUUUGGUUGGACUCACCUGACAUUGACCAUGGCCAGUUUUAGGAUGUCUAGUUGAAGGCCCCUGAAAGUCAUCUGAUUCUGGUCACAGGCUGGUUGAUUGUUGUAUUUCUACCUGUGCUGUUUGUAGAUAGCACUACUGUACUUUUCUGUACAGCUCAGUUUUUAAAAGUUAUUAGGGGGUUCAAGAUUUCUAUGAUUGACACCUAAUACAGCCUAUGGGCGUACAAGGAUUACGUAGCUCACCCCGGGGGUUAUGCUGUUUGAGCCGAGUGUCAUCACAGCAACUCUCGGUGACUCUCCCGUCGAAUGCGCACAAUGCUACUGCGCAAGUGGUGGAGUGCGUACAACGCUACUGCCCAAUGUUGGUUUCAGGAAACAGAGAAAAAUCGUAGAAUUACAGAGAGCUGUUUGGCUUCAAAUCCGCAUUCCGGUGGAAGGCAGAACCAAGUUGUCCAUAGUAUAUACAGUCUAUGGUUGUGUACAAACCUUGGUCAUCUGGCAGACUGAAGUCGAUUAACAGCUCCAUGAUCGAUAAGGAACCACACAGAUAAAAUGCAGCGACUACUCUGAGAGAGAUUUGACCAUAUUUUAAGCUUAUUAAAAAAAAAAAAACACCACACACACACACACACACACACACACACACACACACACAAAGACACAUUUGAAGGCCCAUUAGCUAACAUCAGAACACAGCUAAUGUUUGUUUUUCCUAGUUGGUCGUUUAUAAAAUUCUACCCAUGUUUGUAGCAGCCCAAUGAAAUAAUGCAAUACAACAAGUUACUGAGAAAGACAUUCCACAGAACCUUCAGACCUGCUCCAACAUGUCAAAAAAAAAGGGUUGGGAAAAUGGUUGAUUUAUUCAUUCAGACAUAAUUUCCCUUGGGUUUUGUGUUUUAUGUGUAGUGUUCAAGUAUCUUCCACUCUACGCCACCCAAGUUUGGUAUCACCAUGAUCUAGACACUCCCACUGGAUUAUAAGUAUAAAAAGAGCAUCCAGUUUUGUCUACUUUCAUCCAAGGAGCAGUUAACCACAGGACCUUCUAUCCUCAUUGACUGGUGAGUGAGAUACCUUACAAACUACUUCAGCUGGCGACGAGUGGAGCACAUGAGAAAAAUGUGAAAAAAUAAAUUGGAUUUUGAUUAUUGCAGUGUUAUUUUACAAUUUCUUUUUUUUCUUUUAUUCUUUUAACAGAUGUUUUUUUACUUUCUUAAUUUAUUACCACAAGUUUGUCAGUGUUCUGUUGAUUUGAGGUCAGUGUGUUACAAUGAGCAGAAUCUGUGCUUGAAAUGGUUAUUUUUCUUCCUCCCUACAGAGACUUUUCUGCUCACCAAAGUCAAAAUGGUAAAUUACGAAGUCACUGUACACACCGGCAAAAUGGUCCACGCCAACACUUUCAACGAUGUCUUCAUUAAGUUGGUGGGAACAGCUGGAAACAGUCAGCGUACUCAGCUCAAAGAUAUCAGAGGGCCUUUAACCUUCGCCCCUGGAGCAGUAAGUCUGAAAUACCCUCUUCCAUCUUCACAUGUAUUAUGUUCAUCUAAAAGCAACUUUACCUGAGAUAAAAGGUACAUUACAAAGAACACUUGAGAAGUUUGUGUUACCAAUAUGUGCUCUGUAACUCUUGAGGCUCUGCUCACUAAUGGGACAAAUACAACAAAUUGGUAGCACUCUGAUAUUUCGUGUAGAUGUUUGUGUCACACAAUCUUUUUUGAAUGUAUUUGUAUGUUUAUUACUAGGAUCUUAUAGAUCUUAUUUCUUUCUGUUUGCAAAUGAUUUGUCUCUGACCUUAUAAAUGGCUUUGGUCUAAUAUAUUUCUCAUUACUUAAGGUGUCAAAUUUUACCGUGUCCUGCUUUGAAUCCAUUGGAGAAGUGACCAUGAUAGAGCUGGAUAAACAGCAUUCCCCUACUGUGCCUCAGAAUAACUGGUUUCCUUCCAAAGCGGAGGUGAAAUCUCCUGAGGGAGACACCUACAAUUUUCCCAUUUACAACUGGAUCAAUGACAGCGAGGUGCACGUAUUCAGAGAGGGAAAAGGUUUGAACUAGUCACAGAAAAUAAAGACAAGUACUGAAAAAUAGAUUUAUGAAAAAAUAUAUAUUAUUCAUGUUGAGGAAUUUAACACCUUAUUUUGGUUCUUUCAUUAAGCUCUUCUGGUCUAUGAAGACACACAACUUGGCAAGACGAGUCGUCAACAGGAGCUGGACCAAAGAAAAGAGGACUACCAGUAAGAGCUGAGAACUUAUCCCUUUUUCAUUUUUAUGAAAUCAUAGUACUAUCCAAAGCUGUUUAUCUUAUAAAUAAUGAUAUUAACUUGGACGACUGUAAUUUAAAAAAAACCCAAAAAACUAUGGAAUGAUUAAACCUAUCAGGGUUCAUCUGAAUCGACUGUAAUUCAAUUUAUAAAUUUUAUGUGUCAGGUAUAAAAUCCAGUCAAACUCCAUAUCAAAACCUGAAAUAUUAUGUUCAUGAUAACAAGACUUUAAAGUGUUUUUAACUCUGAUGUAUCCUGUUUAUCCAAGAUGGAAGGUGUAUGCUCCGGGAAUCCCUCACUGCAUACAAAAUGAGGUUCCGAGCUUACUGCCCGAUGAGGUCCGGUUCUCUUUCACCAAGUCUGCAGAGUUUGACUUCACUGCAAAAAAAGGGUGAGGUCCUCAAUUUCUGUUAGAUGUCUAUCACUACUCCAGUAUAACUGCAUAUCCACCUCUUUAUCAAAACUUUUAAUGGUAUAACAUCAACUUUAUGACUAAAUAUUCUAGAAAGUUGGAUCUGAAGCUGGACGGAUUUGACAGUUGCAAGAUGAAGUGGACUGACAUGGAGAGUAUCUACAGCUUGUUCUGCUGCAAACAGACGGACGCAGCAGGUAUUACCCUGUCAUCAGGCUUUGACAGACAAUUUGGCAAUUCAUGCAAGUCCUGGAUGGACCGUAUAACCAUUAAUGUAAAAUAAAAUAAAAUCUGACUUACUAGCAGAGACCAGUGUUGGAACAGCACAUUUGAUUAGGAUUUUUACUGUCCAAAACUGAAUAAAUGACACUGUGAAUCAGGUGCCAUGUUACCAACAAUCUGCACCUCCACCCACUCUUUCGAAAUGAAAAUGACCAUCAUCUGUAAUAUUCAUGAUUGAGACUCUAAAGACAAUUAUAAAAAGAAGCACUUUAGUGUGUGCAGAUAGCUGAGCAGGUUAGCGUGCCACAUGUAUGGAGACCAUGGUCACUGCAGUGAUUGCGUGCUGCAUGCCACCCCCCCCAAGCGCUCUACAUCUCCCACAUUUCACUACUGUCCUGUCAAUUAAAGGUGACAGUGCCCCCCCAAAAAACACUGCGAUCUAUUUUUUUUGUGUAACUGCAUGCCCACAAUACUUAAAAAGACUUUUAUUACCCAUUUUUCCAAGCCUAUGUCCAGCAACACUGGAAGGAGGAUGAGUUUUUCGGCUACCAGUUUCUAAAUGGUGUCAACCCUAUGAUGAUCCAACGUUGUUCAGUCCUUCCCGAGAACUUUCCUGUCACUGACAGCAUGGUUUCCAUCCAUGGUGAUCACACCCUGGAAGAGGAAUUGAAGGUGAUUUCCUCACUUUGAAUUGUCUCGAAAACAAAUAAAUUAAUUUUCUCAAAUGUACACUCCUUGUGUUAACAUUUCAAACUGAUUUUUGUUGCACUUGUAUUGUAUGUAAAUCAAUUCUAAUUCGCACUCAAACUUCAAACAGAAUGGCAACAUAUACCUGUGUGACUACAAGCUCUUGGAUGGAGUCAAAGCAAACACUGUCAAUGAGAAGCAGCAGUACCUGAUGGCUCCCCUUGUCCUGCUCCAGAAAACACCUGAUGACAAGUUGAUGCCGAUUGCAAUCCAGGUGAUAGAAACUGAGAUUUAACUAAUAAUAAAAUGUUGGGCUUGAUUUUGGUCUUAAUCAUUUUGGGUGUUAGAUGUUUAUUCAGAAGAUAGAAGCUUUUGUCUGUCUGAGGCAGUUAAAUUUUUAUUUCUGUCAAAGCUGAAACUUCCAGGGGUGGGUAUCUUAAGUUUAUCUGCAGCAAUGGUUUGUGAGCCAAGAGUAAGACUAUGAAUAACCAACGGCCAAACUAGUCAGGUUUGUCCACCCACAGACUCUUAUUCUAGCAUGCUGUAUUUUUUUUUUCCAAGUAAAUGUUUUCAACAGUAUCCCACAAGGCUUCAACAGGCAGGUGAACAGCUGACACGAUGCUGGCUACAAUCAAAAUUUAAACAUUCAUAAUCAUCUGCUUAUGCACCAUUUUUGGGUACACUGAAAACAAAUGUGAAGUCAAGUUAUUGCAUGUCCCACAAGAACAAACCACAUUUCCCUUUCUUUCUCCUGCAGCUGAAGCAGACUCCAGGAGAAGACAACCCCAUCUUUUUUCCUACUGAUUCGGAGUACGACUGGUUGUUGGCCAAGAUUUUUGUGAGAAGUGCAGAUUUCAACUACCAUGAACUUUCAACCCACCUGCUGCGCACUCAUCUGCUGGCUGAAGUUUUUGCUGUGUCUCUGCUGCGCAACAUGCCCAUGGUGCAUCCCCUGUACAAGGUAACUGUAUUGCUAAGUUUUUUACUCUGCCGUAAGAAACCUUGUAGAUUUUUAAGAUUUAUUAUCAGGCUUUUUGGCUUUUUGGAAGAGGACAGUGGAGAAACCGAGAAAGGAGAGCAGGGGGUGACAUGCAGGAAAGGCUUUAGAAGCAAACUCAUGGUUGGCCACUCGAGGCAUAACCUUUUGGCCAGCAGCACCCCAACUGGUCUGUCAUCUAGUCUGACAUCUACCCCCUCACAGCAGUUCCAGGCAUAAAAAGGGAUAUUCCAGCGUAAAAUUAAUUUAGGUUCAAACAAACUGUAACACCAAGUAAGACACCCCGUUGAGAGAUGAAUGUUGCCGACCGCUUGCUUCUCUAGUUAUACCAACUUUAGUAACGACCACACAAUAGCAAUACAGAGAGCCACGCACUCAACCUAAACUCCACUCUAUAGCCACAAAUAAUGCUCAGUGUCCUAGCCACAUCACUAGCCAUCAAACAUCUUUUUAGCUUUGCCUAAUUUCUUUAGCAAAGAGACUAAACACAACUCGCUCACUCUCUUCCAGCAGCCGCUUGUUUGUAGCGAGACCUCAGGCGAGUCGAUCGACUGCAGCUCAAGGAAGAACAUUUAUUAAUCAUUUUGCACUGCAGACGUGGUAGUUCUUUUUCCUUAGCGUCUCGAUCUGAUUGCAUUUCCAUGAAGAAAUUAUCAUAAAUGUUCUUCCUUGAGCUGAGUCCCCCCGCUGCAGUCGAUGGACUAGCCCAGAGGUCUCGCUACAAACAAGUGGUUGCUGGAAGAGAGUGGGUGAGUUGUGUUUAGUCUCUGCUAAAGAAAUUAGGCAAAGCCUAAAAGAUGUUUGGUGGCUAGUGCUGUGGCUGGGACGCUACAUGUACUGUUGAUGAAGUUAGGUGCUGUUCUGAGCAUUAUUUAUGGCUAUAGAGUGGCGUUUUGGUUGAGUGCGUGGCUCUCUGUAUUGCUAAUUGCUCUCGUUACUUAAGUUGGUAUAACUAGAGAAGCAAGCAGUCGCCAACAUUCAUCUCUCGACAGGGUAUCUAACUCAGUGUGUUACGGUGUGUUUGACCAUCACUUAAUUUUACGCUGGAAUAUCCCUUUAAGAAUUUAGAUAUAGAAAUUGUCUGCACUGUUACGAUGAAUUUUUCAUGUCUAGUUUAGCAUACUUUAAUUUUUUUCACAACCAGCAAGAAAACCUUCAGGGGAACUCUGGUUUGCAGAAAACCAAUAUGUCAGUAUGUAUAUAGAUAAGAAUUUCACAUUGCUGAAUAGUAUAUGUGCAUCAAAUUUUAAACUUUAUUUAAGAAUUGUUAAUAUUACCAUAACAGAGUUCAUUUUUUCCCUCAGCUCCUCAGCCCUCACAUUCGCUACACUCUGCAGAUCAACGUCAUGGCUCGACUUCUGCUGAUUUCCAAGAUAGGAGUUUUCACAAACGUAAGAAAAAAAGCAAGCUCUGUGGUGUACCCUUCAAACACAGUAUUUUUUUCUUGAAGUGUCUCCAGCAAUUCCUCAUAUUGAUUAUUUUCCAGUUUAUUUCAUCUGGUGGAGACGGUUUGGUCACAAUCCUGCAGAGGGCAACGUCCUCAAUAACAUACAGCUCCAUCUGCAUACCAGACGACAUUGCUGAGCGUGGGCUGGAGGCAAUACCCAACUACUACUACAGAGAUGAUGGAAUCGAGCUUUGGAAUAUCAUCCAAAAGUACUCAUGAGUUCCUAUUCUGCAUUUGUUGAUCAUCUGUAUAGUUAUCAAGGAAAACUUCUAUAAAAGUAAUAUAGAUGGUAUCAACUCAUCUUUAGGAUAGGUGAGAAGAUUUCUGUCCACGGUGCAAAAGGAUACUGUCCAUGAUCAAUCAUUUCUCUGGGUCAGUUUUUUUUCAGUGACCUAAAUCUCAUCCCUACAGUUUGGCUUAAAACACGAGCAAGCAUCCUGUGAAAAUCCUGGACCUGCAGGAAAUUCUGCUACCCCUAAUGACACCGAAAACUUUGCUGAGACACUCAGCCAUUGGUUUAAUGAGUUGCCAUGAUUAAAACAUUGUAUAUAUGCUAAUACAACAAUUUAAAGAGGUGUUUCUUGACUUGAUAUUAGUCUAAUCACUGUACUUAAACUCAUGCAGAGGACCUGCAGAUGCAAGCUUUAAGCUUCUUUAUAUCUUCUUUCAACCAAAUAAUCUAAAGGCAGAUUAUUAGAGGCAGAUCACGAAUGGGGUGUCAUCUCAGCUCUAACUUUCCCCCAGAGCUGAGCUUCAGAAACUUUCAGGAAACAUGCAAGCUAGUUCGAGCUGCUCUGAUUUCAUACUUGACAUGAAUCAUUCAAUAACCUAACUCAAACAUUCUUUCAAUCUGGGGCUCUAGCUGAGAUCUACACUCUCUGCCUCUACUUUGCUAUUGCCACCAUAGCCACGCAAGAGUGCUGUAUUCUAAUUUUCAGCCCUACAACCUCCCCAGCAUUCAUCUGCAGGCUCUAAAUGGGGAAUUAAGAUAAUCACUCCUGGAUAUCUACAAGUAAAAGUAAAAUGGUUUCUGUUGCUGCUCAUACUAUAAACAGUUAAAGGGACACUUGAUGUGAGCUGUGUGAGCUUGAAAUGUCAAACUUCCUGUUUGUUAUAUUAAAUAUGGAUGGCUUUACAAAAAAUGGGCUAUUCAAGCCUCAGCUACUAAAUCUUGAUUGGCUUGACAGGCAGUUGAUCCUAAAUUGUUGUCAAUACUCAUGUUUUAUCGACAAAAACAAAGAUGAGAUGAAAGAAAAGAGCGCAAGUAUUCAGCAGGAAGCAAUAUGUCAUUGUCCUUUUGAAGAUGCAGAAGCAGACUAUCACAGAGUGCACAUAUGUCCAUAAGAAAUAAAUAAAUAGAUCUGAUUGUUCAAAGAGAUGGUCUUUCAAUAAACCCAGAGAAGACACUCAUACGCCAUACAGGGUAUGUAUUUCAUAGAUCUUGUCCACUUCUCUUCAAGGUUUGUGAAAGGAAUCCUCAGCUUCUACUACAAGACUGAUGUAGAUGUCGAGAGAGACUCUGAACUGCAGAAGUGGAUUUCAGACAUUUUUGUGGAGGGAUUCCUCUCCAAUGCCGACAGUGGUGGGUUUGAAAGAAAAACUCUCUUCAUCUUUACAAAUAUGAGCAUCACUUAAACAAAAUGAUGCAAUUUAUUCUCUGCAACUCUCAGGAAUUCCAGAGAGAUUUACCACAGUGGCCCAGCUGGUCAGGUUUGUCACCAUGGUGAUCUUCACUUGCUCAGCACAGCAUGCAGCUGUAAACUCUGGACAGGUGAGGUAUCUUAAUUUAGGUUUUCAUUGCAUUUUUGGCUUUAAAUCCUUUAAGUAGAUGGAUAGGAUUGGGAAUAACAGUUAGGUAGAUCGGCCCGUAUUUAGGUAUCAAGACUUGGCCAUCUGUUUUGAGGACUAUAACCUCUGUUACUGGAAUGCAGACAAUAAAGAGAUGAAAUUGAACCUUUUUUUUUGACAUUGUGAAAUAUUUUAGUGGACAAAGUAAUGAAAAGACUGUAUAAGCCUGACAUGGGGUUACUAAUGUGACUAUAACAUCCCAAAUAUCCGUUGCGGUGUAUAAUGCAGUGCCUUAUUCCUUCAUCACAGUUUGAUUUUGGUGCCUGGAUGCCCAACUCUCCCAUGUCUCUACAACUUCCUCCACCGACCGUUAAGGGAAAAGCAACUGAGGCCACCAUGCUGGAAACGCUCCCUGACGUCAAUGGGACAGCUAAUGGAAUAAGUGUCCUGUAUCUUCUCAGCAAGCAGUCCACUGACUUUGUAAGAUCCACAAAUACUUCAUUUGAGAUCAAACAAAUCAUAUGUAUGCAUAAGAUGUGUUAAGUUAGACAACAUGAAGGUAAAGUUAUAUUAUACGGUCCUGAAAGCUUUACACACUGCUAAUGCUAAUGGAAUCAAAAACUAACCUUUAAAUGUUUCAUUGGUGUCACCAGGUCCCUCUUGGCCAGUAUCCAGACCAGCUGUUCUUUGAGGAGAUUCCCUGCAAACUGAUCAGGACUUUUCAAGGAGAGCUUGAAGUCCUGAGUGUACGCAUCAAAGUCAGAAACAGGGAACUGGAGCUCCCAUACAACGUAAUGAACCCAACUAUGGUGGAGAACAGUGUGGCUGUUUAA